AUGAAGGGCGACGGAAGGUGCUUGAAACUCUUUCUUGCAUUAUCGAUCCUUUUCCUACAAAACGUAAAAGGAGGAGAAGUUGGCCACAGCCACAACCACAGCCAUAGCCUCAGAGAUGCUAAAGUGACAGUGAGGUGCAUAGAGAGGGAAAGGCAAGCACUACUUGCAUUCAAACGUCGCCUGGUGGAUGAGUUCAAUCAACUCUCAACUUGGGGUUCAGAAGCCGAAAAACAAGAUUGUUGCAGAUGGGAAGGAGUCUAUUGUAGCAACCAAACUGGCCAUGUGAUUCAACUUCAUCUUGGAUAUUCUUUGCUUGGUACGAUGAUGCAACUUGAUCAUGGAUAUUCUUUCCAAGGUAAGAUGAUUAGUCCUAAAUUGAUUGAGUUGCAGCAUUUACAAUAUUUGCACCUUGAAGUCAUUGAUUUCAAUGAGAGCCAAAUUCCUGAUUUCAUUGGUUCUCUAACCAAUCUAAGAAACCUCAGUCUCAGUUCCUGUAAUUUGGUUGGUCAAAUUCCAAGUUCGUUUGGAAACCUCACGCAAUUGCAACAUCUCGACCUCAGCAAUAAUCAGCUUCAACCAGAAAAUAUCAAUUGGCUCCCUGCUCUUUCUUCUUUAACUUUUUUGGACCUUGGAUUCAUUGAUUUCAAUGGGACCCAAAUUCCAGAUUUCAUUGGUUCUCUAACCAAUCUAAGAAACCUCAGUCUCAGUUUCUGUAAUUUGGUUGGUCAAAUUCCCAGUUCGUUUGGAAACCUCACGCAAAUGCAACAUCUCGACCUCAGCUAUAAUCAGCUUCGACCAGAAAAUCUCAAUUGGCUCCCUGCUCCUUCUUCUUUAACGUAUUUGGACCUAAGCGAAAACAAUCUCAGUACUGUUUUCGAUUGGCCAGAAGCAGUACAUAAUAAGCUCCCUAAACUAGUAGAGUUGACCUUGGUGAAUUGUAGUCUUCCUCCUCCUCCUACUCCAAUUCUUUCCACUACUCUUUACAAAACAAAUUCUUCUACGUCUCUUGAAAAGGUUGAUCUCUAUUAUAACCAUCUCACUUGGUCAAUAGUUCUUUGGUUGUCCAACUACAGUACAAGCCUUCUUACUCUUGGCCUCUCCAACAAUAAUCUAGCUGGUUUCAUUCCCGAUUUCACAAGAAACAUGAGCUCUCUUGCAUAUCUGGAUCUCUCCAACAAUAAUCUAACUGGUUUAAUUCCCGAUUUCAUUGGAAACAUGAGCUCUCUUGUGAGUCUGGAUCUCUCUGAUAACCAGAUUGAAGGAGCAAAUCCAAAUUCAUUUGCAAGGCUGUGUAAUUUGCGAGCAUUGUCGCUUCAAAGAAAUCAUCUGAGUGGACAAUUAUCCAAGUUUGUUCAACUAUUGCCUAGAUGUGCUCAAAACUCAUUAGAGGAAUUGUACCUCUCUGAGAAUGUUCUUUCGGGGUCAUUAAACAAUCUUACAAGCUUCUCAUCUUUGAUAGGCUUGCAUCUUGAUGCCAAUCAAUUAAGCGGAAAAAUACCUGAAAGUAUUGGGCAAAUGUCGCAACUGGUGGGCAUCGAUUUCAACACAAACUCUUUGGAAGGGGUGGUUUCAGAAACUCAUUUCUCAAAACUCUCCAAAUUAAAAUCUUUGGAUUUAUCCUCUAACCCGCUAGUUUUAAAUUUUCAUUCUAAUUGGGUUCCUCCCUUCCAGUUGGAUUACAUAUAUUUGGCGUCCUGCAAGGUCGGUCCUCUUUUCCCAAAAUGGCUUCAAACUCAAAAUGUUUAUUACCAGCUUGAUAUUUCGAAUGCUGGAAUUUCUGAUAUCCUUCCAAGUUGGUUUUGGAGUAAUUUGCGUAACGCAGAAUUUAUUAAUCUCUCACAGAACCUAAUCAGAGGAAUAUUUACAAAUUUGACAGUGGAGUUUGCAUAUUACCCAGAACUACAUUUGAGUUCGAACCAAAUAGAUGGUCCAAUUCCCUCAACUCUAUCACAAGCCUCAUAUCUGGAUCUCUCUAAUAAUAACAUUUCAGGGUCGCUUUCUUUCCUAUGUGCAAGUGCAGAUAUGAGGUUAACAUUUCUUAAUCUUUCAAGAAACAAUUUUUCUGGAGAACUUCCAGAUUGCUGGAGCCAUUUGGAGAUAGUCAUGCUUGAUUUGAGUAACAACGCUUUUUCCGGAAAAAUUCCCAUGACAAUAGGCUCUUUAUUUCAAAUGCAAACUUUGAAAUUAAGAAGCAACAGAUUUGUUGGAGAAUUUCCUUCAUUGUUGAAGAACUGCACAAGUUUAGAAGUUAUUGAUCUGGGAGAUAACAAAUUAUCAGGACCAAUACCUACAUGGUUAGGUGUGAGCUUUAAGAAUUUGGCUAUCCUGAUGCUUUCCAAUAAUCACUUCAAUGGAAGCAUGCCCUCACAAUUAUGCCAUCUAACGCACAUUAAAAUUAUGGAUUUCUCUAUGAACAACAUCUCUGGAAGCAUACCCAAAUGCCUCAACAAUUUGACUAUUCUGGCUCAAGAAGGAAAUCCAAGUCUAUCCAACACACAUAUUUUUAACAGAAUUAGGGAUAAUUAUUCAAUUACUAAUUAUGAGGAUGAUGCAAGCUUCAUAUGGAAAGGAAGAAUGCAGACAUACAAAAGCACUUUGGGCCUUGUGAAGAGAAUUGAUCUCUCAAGCAAUAGAUUAACAGGGGAGAUUCCAAGUGAAAUCACUCAUCUUGUUGGGUUAAUUUCUUUAAACCUUUCAAGAAACCAGUUAACAGGUCAAAUAACUCCAGAGAUCAUAAACUUGCAGUCAUUGGAUUCUCUUGAUUUAUCAAGAAACCAGAUAGAUGGAGGAAUUCCGACAAGCCUUGCUCGGAUAGAUCGUCUUAGUUUCUUGGACUUGUCAUAUAACAACUUGUCUGGCAAAAUACCAACAGGCACUCAGCUCCAACGCUUUGAUCCCUCUGUUUAUGUUGGAAAUCCUCAACUAUGUGGACCUCCGCUUAAAAAGAUGUGUGCCGAUCAAAAUGAGAAAACUGACUUGAGCAAUCAAGAGGAUAAGGAUGAGCUUAUAACAUUGGGAUUUUACAUCAGUAUGGGGCUUGGCUUUGCUGCUGGAUUUUGGGGAGUUUGUGGCACUUUGAUAUUCAACAGGUCAUGGAGAUACGCAUACUUGAAGUUCUUGAAUGGUUUAAAUGAUUGUCUUUAUGUGAAGAUAGCUUUGCUCAAGCAGCAACUAAAGCUAGCAUAUGCUUAA